AUGGAGAGUAUAACUGGCUUUCCAAGUGUUUCAAAUGCCAAGCUGUGCUUCGGGAGGGGGAUGGCUCUGAAACUACUCUAUGUCAUACACACAAAUUGUUUAAUUUCACUCGUCAAAAGUUUUCCACUUCACACUGCACCCGCUGGCUAUUCUUGUCCUUCAUGUUCUAUAUCUAUAUGGCCUCCCAAGAGUGUUAAAGAUUCAGCAUCCCACCUUCAUUCACUGCUGAAGGAGGCUAUCAUGCAGACUGGCAUGGAGAAGAAUUUGUUUGGAAAUCAUCCUCCACCUGCAUUUGCUUCAGAUCCACUGAUGAACAUGAACUCUACCGGAGGAAGGGAGCAUGGUGGGAAUUCGUCACCUGCUGUGUCAAAAGAUGAAGGAUACUCGACUAUUGGAGGACCUUCUAAACUUACGGUGUCCGAAAUAACAGAGAUAGAUGGUCUUGUUUCGGCUGAGAAUUACAUGAAAAUCUCUAGUCCAGUUGGUCCUGUGGCUACAACACGUAAGAGUACAGUUCAUGUUGAUAAACAAAAUCCAGAAAUCUCAUAUUAUGCCGAUGAUGAAGAUGGAAAUAAUAAAAAGUAUUCUCAAAGGGUAAGGUUCACCACGCCAUAAGUUUCUCAGAGCAUUGAUUCCCUUCUGGUCAAGUGCAUUACCUACUCUACCGGUGACUGCACCUCCACGUAAAGAUGCAGAUGGUGGCCCUGAAGGUCGGUUGAAGCAUCAGAGGUCAAUGCAGAUGGAUCCACGAAAAAUCCUUCUUGUCAUGGAAAUAAUGACGUGCAUGUCGACUAUGGGUAUCUUGUAUUACAGAAUCGCGCAAAGGUCUCUAGGCGAGGGACACUGGACGAGGAGCAAGUAGUAGUAGUAAACUAAUUAAAAAUUCUACUGUCUGUCAUUGACUUGUUGCCCAUUCUUUCCCUUGGCGGCGGUUGGAUUUGAGCACACUUAUCUCAACGUC